AGAGUUAUCCAGCCUGAACUCUGAACCAGUACGGAGAUCAGAUAUGAUUUAUUUACCUAUUUGAUCAAUAAAUUUAAUCAGUCUUAGUCUUAGACGAAAAUGAGUUGCAGUGAGGAUUUCUUUACUCAAUUUACACCCUUGACUAGAGAAGGAAGACCCGUUAGAGACGACGAUGGCUUACUGGUGUUUGUGAGAAGAACUGGUAAGGCAUUGUUGAUAAGUAAGCUACCGGUAAUUUAAAUAAGCUACUAAUAACUAACUACUUGACUUGAAUAAUUCUUGAUACAAAUGUUCUGAUCUAAGUUUUGGUCCUGUAACUUACUUUACUUUACCAAAAGUUCUUAAUUGUCGAAAAUUCAAUACCCGGUACACGAUACUAUUAAAAUAUAGACAACGUAUUUUAUUACUUACUGCAUUUUUGUAUCUAAUUAGUAGGUAUUUCAAAAGACGCACGCGCAUCCCUUCUGCGCAGUCGAAAAAUCACGGAAAAACUUGAGCUGCAAUAUAGCUAUACGGCAUAGCGAGGGUGUCGUUUUUUUGCGUUGUACGUCACUGUUUCCUAAUAAUAGUAUUUAAAUUAUCGGUGACGUGGAGCACAUAUUUUUCCAAACAUGUGAAUACCAUAUUUACAGCAUUUAGAAUCUUGUGACCGGUAACGCAUUUAAUUUUUCAUCGGUAUGUACGUUAAUUGCUUAUUACUUUUUAAUGUAAAACUCAAACACAUAGUGGUUUAGCCCAAUACUGCUUCAUUCAUUCACACAUUUUAAUAACUUUACUUCAUUAAAAUUAGCUCAAACGCACAAAAGUUAUGCCAAUCCAACUGGAAGGUGUAAGAAAAUAAAAUUGUUAGUAGUCACCCGAGUCAUCCCCCCUCACAAAAAAAAGUGGGUUGUCGGAAAUGGUUGUUAUUACCAAUUUAACUUAAAGAUAUUUUCAUUUAUUCAUUAUAGUUCAUCUUUGAUAAUCCGUGGUAGACUAAUUAGUUAAUAAAGGGAAAACUGUUUUACAAUAUUAUUAGAAAGUAGUACAACUUAAUAAAUUAAAUAAUUUUAAAUAAUUGUAGUUCGUGUAGUCCGGUGAAUUUCGGACUUGUUUUGUCCCUUGAUUUAUAUAAUUAUUAUAUGUAGUAGUAGUAAUACUACUACUAUAAUAUAUAAUGCUAGUUAUUAGUGGUAUUUAUAAAUUAUAAUUAAUGAUAAUAACAAAAUAAAAGCAGUUGCUACCACUAUUAAAAAUAUACUAUUAUCAAUUGUAAUUCCAAUAAAAUAUGGUAAUGCAUAAUUAUUUUUUUUUUCGUACAUAUUUAUUUUUUGUGAAAAUUGCGUCACUGAGUCACUGUGACUUGUUUAAAAUUAAAAUUAGAUAACCUAUGAAUUAGUCUAUAACAAGUUUAUUAAAAUAAAUAAAUAAAUAAGACUCUACAUCAUCAUAGUAAUUAUAUCAAACUAGGACAGAGGCAUAAGAAAAUGUUAACAUUUAUAUCAACAAUAAUAUAUUUCUAAUUAAAUAAACAAAACAAAAAAAGGAAAUAAAUUUAAUAAAAACAUCACUUGAAUAAUAUUAAAAAGAAACUAAAAAUUGUAUAGAUUCAGAAUUAUGAUUAGUAUUUAAUGUUAGGCUUCUUUUGGGUGGAAGAGAAAAUUUUACAUUUCUGUUGCAAACUUUGGAAUUCCUUCCAUGGCCCAUAUCCAAUAAGGCGGAAUGUUUGGAUGCAGAUGGCGGCGACAAAGUUUAUGAAGGAAAAAUGUGUGGGUUUCAUCAACAAGACAAAGAAGUCACUAUAGGGCAUUCUACCCGGAAAAUGGCAGGCAGAAGAUCCCCAUUACCUUUUAAAUAUUUAAUGACAUACUCCGAUAAGGGUAUGCUUGUAAUUAGUUUUAUGGGUGAUAUUAGUAUUUGUUAUAUAUAAUUACAUGCGUUCAAUUUUAUAUAUAAAAAAAGACUACUUACCUUUUUAUAAAUAUAAUGAUUUAAAAUUUAACACAAGCAUAAUAAAAUUAGUUAAAAUUCAAUAAACAUGUUAUUUUUUUCAAUUUUUCCUGUAUAAAUAAUGAUUUUCCCAAUUUUUCUGUUCACUUUUUUCUGAACAUACCCUCGAUUAAAUAUAUAAAAAAAUAAAAGUCUUGAUGUUAUAUAAAAGUUUUGUUGUUUAUUGUGUUGUAUAUUGCAUUGAGAAUGUCUCCUGAAAGUUUGGUAGCAUUAUCUUUUAAAAUAAAAAAGUUGUGGACAAAAUAAAGCAGAAAUGUGGAAAGUUGGUCACAAGUUUUUUCGUUAAAUACAAAGAUAAAUAAAGGGGUUAAAAAAUUCACCAAAAAAAUCAUAACUUUUUUUCCAUAAAAGAUAGAAAGAUGAAAUUGGUGUUUUUGCAAAGCUUAUAGCGAGCCCUUUAAAAUGGUGUAUCAUUUGUGGCUAUUGGACAAUAUUUAAAAUGUGUGUCAAAGUACCUAUAAUUAGGCUACUUAUCAGUCUUAUCACAAGGAAGAGUUAUUCACACAGUCAGCUGGUAAUAACGUUUAGCAUUAUUCCCAGCCCACUGCCUGCCCCCUCCCUUUACUUAUUUCAUAAUCAAUAAGAUUUUCAAUAAGAAUUUUAUUAUUAAAAAUCUGUCUGUCUCUACCUGAACAACAACCACUGAGAAAAUUCUACUAGGGUACCAACUAGAACAACAAAUUAGGCUCUGGGGCUAUCUUUUGUCAUUUCUCUGCAAUAUUUGUGGUUUAUUCAGAGACCUCCCUCGCCUCUUCCAACAUUGAGGUAUUCUUCUCACAAAGGAAAUGUCAGCAUCAAGAUGACAUCAACAAAGUAAAAGUAUUUGCUAUAAGUCAAUUUAAAAAUAAAAUAUUAAUAAAUAAUUAUCAAUUUUGUGUUGAUCUAUCAUUUCAAAUAUAAUAAUUUUAAAUAAUUACUGUCUCAUUUGAUAGGAGAAUGCUGUCCAUAUGCCAUACAGUAUCUCAUGGGCAAUAUUUCAUAUGCCAAAGGUCAUAUCCCAUGUGCCAUCUGCCAAAUUCCAUAUGCCUUAGCCUUAGCCUUAGGCCAAAUCCCAUAUGCUGUAGGCCAUAUCAGAGAGGCUAUAUAUCAUAGGCCAUAUCCCUUGUCCUAUUUAUUUAACGAGUUGCACAGAACUUUUGUAGUUUUGAGACUUACUUGAAUAAUUAUUAUGUGCCAGACCUUUACAUGUGCCAGAAAUAUACAUGUGCCAGAACUAUACAUGUGCCAGGUCAAUACAUGGGCCAGGUCUAUACAUGGGCCAGGUCUAUACAUGGGCCAGGUCAAUACAUGGACCAGGCCAUAACAUGGGCUAGGCCUAUACAUGGGCCAGGCCUAUACAUGGGAUAAUCUUCUGGUUUUCUUAAAGUAAUAUUUAUUGUUAAAAAAUUAAUGUUGAACUUUCAAUAAUUAACAACCUGCUGUGAAUUACUUUUGUUUUGGAGGUGGCUCUUUUAAUAUAAUAUUAACCUUAAACAUAUAUUGUCAUUGGUUGGUCUACUUUUUGUCCCAAUCGCAAUAUUGUAGAAAAAACUAAUCUUGAAGAACCAAAUUCCUCUGGUUGAUUAUCCCCUCGAGGUAAAAAAUCAGUACUGGUAAGUUAUUAAGGUGAAUUUAGAAAAUCCAGUAUUAAAACACUCUUUCUGUAUAUUACUAUAAAAAUAAUACGAGUAACAAUGCUCCAAUGAAUAAGGAAGAGCUCAUUUGUAAUGAAUAAGGAAGAGUUCACUUGUAAUGAAUAAGGAGGAAGAGUUCACUUGUAAUAAAUAAGGAAGAGUUCACUUGUUAACAGAAUCUCAAGGUGUUACCGGAUUCCCUAAAAUCAGCCAUUUAUAUAUACACUGUGAUGGAUAUGCAAUGAAACUUAUUUUGGCAUAAACAUUUGUAAUUUUCUUUGGAAUGAGCUAUUAAAAUAUCUGACUAAAGUGGAUCAAGGUUGAAAUUUUAAAAAAUUUAAGACAAAUAUUUAAGCUAAAAAUAUGAUUAAAAUGAUUUUAUAAUAAUAUGUUACUGCAUGCAGAUGGAGAAUACGUAAGUUUUCAUGACAGCCAGAUUCACAUGGAGGGUCUGGACAGUUACAUUAAGAAUGAUAUAAUGACAAAAGCAAGGAAUGCAGUUGAAUCCUCCUCUGUGGACCAAUACGGUCUCCAUGACACAAACUCCGAUCAUGACAUCAACCCAGCCAACAGUAUUAUGUUGCAUCCCCAACUUCAUCAGAAUUGCCAAGUAAGUCACUGAAAUCUUUCUAUGCUGAUUUAAAAAAACACAGAUUUAUUCUAUAAUAUAUAGUUAGGUUUAUAUCGUUUGUCUUAAUGAAUUUUAAUUGAACAAAAGUGCAUACAGCAUGAGGUCUCCUUCUUGGAAUAAUGUGGGAGGGGACACAUAAGAAAAUGAUGUUUUUACUUAGUACUGGUAUCUCCAGCUCAUUAUUUUAUUUAAUCAUUGGGAGCCAUUAAAAGGAAGAAAUUGUCCUACUUUCUAUUUAAUUCAUCAAUAUUAUUUGACAAGUUGAGUUCAUGACAAGAGUGCCAUUUCAUCAUAAUACUCUCUAAGGUACUACAGACUAAUGUCCAGUGCUCACCAAUGCAAGUAAUAAGUCCACAUGUUAUGCACACUCAGCAUAAUGUUUUACAACUACAGGUAUGUCUGACUCUAAUGUGUAACACUUUUAAAGGCACUACUUACACUGAGCACUCAUUUUGAGUCAUUUAGUAGGUUAUUUGUAAUUUAAUAGGUUAUUUGUAAUGUAGUACCGGUAGGUUAUUUGUAAUGUAGUACUGGUAGGUUAUUUGUAAUGCAAGCUGUAGAAAAAUCCAGCCCAUUGCUUAUGGGAUUAUAAAACUUGAACAACUACCCAUUGACUCUCAAGAACUUGAACAACUACCCAUUGACUCUCAAGAACUUGAACAACUACCCAUUGACUCUCAAGAACUUGAACAAUUACCCAUUGACUCUCAAGAACUUGAACAAUUACCCGUUGACUCUCAAGAACUUGAACAACUACCCAUUGACUCUCAAGAACUUGAACAAUUACCCAUUGACUCUCAAGAACUUGAACAAUUACCCAUUGACUCUCAAGAACUUGAACAAUUACCCAUUGACUCUCAAUUAGAACGUGAUAACACAAUCUAGAUGGACCUUGUACAAAUUAUGUACCAUAAUAAAGUGGUCAUCAUAUAUAUAUAUGCCGAAAGAAAACAAAGUGGGCAGCACAGCCGAAAGAAAACAAAGCGGCGGACAGCCAAAAGAAAGAAAACUCAAAUAAAUAGAAGCCACAGAUAGUUUCUGGCUCAAACUCGCUGAAAAAAACCUCCUAUAGUUUGUCUGUGUUUGAUUGAUGAUUGUCAAUGUUUGCUUUCGACACUAGACAAAUUUUCAAUGUUUAGAUGACAGUGGCUUAUCAGAGAUGGUCAUUGUGGUGUAGAAUUUAACUUGUGAGAUUAUAAUUCAAAUAAUUGUAUAUCUUGAUUCGGUAAUAAUAAUUUUGAUUCAAACAAGUUAUUUCACUGAGAGCGCAUCGCUUGGCUGCCUUUUGAAUCAUUUUAAGAACUGGUUGUUACCUUCUUUUCUUAUGUACUGAAAGAGACAGUGGUCAAUGGUAUUAUAUAAAAUGAGUAAAACAAAGUAGGGGUAAAACUGAAAAAAGGAACGCAACAAAACAACAAACGUGUCGGCAGAAAGCCUUGGUCAGCGAACAAAACAACAGAAAAAAACGGUAUGAAAAUAAAAUAAAAAAUAGCACUUAGCUUAGAAGUAGUAUCCGUGGGCAGCAAAAGAAAUGUGACAGAAAGUAAGUGAGUGAGAGAUUAAAUAGAGAAGAGCGUAAUAAAAGAGGAGAAGUAAGUCCACUGCGAUAGGUCGGAACGUGCAGGGGCGGAGCUAGGUUCAAGCUGUGAAAAGAGACAUGACAUUCAUCCCAUGUGGCGUCAAUGUGCCAUAAGUCAGGAUAAGCUUGUGUUCCAAAUUCUGCCGGCUGGGUGUGUUUGUGCUAGCAUUAUGUCAGUGGCAUUACAAUGUCAUUUUAUUCAUGACAUUAUUCAUUUUUUUUUUCACUCAAAUGAAUUUACAUUUGCAAAGAUAUAUGGUCACUUUUAUUAAAAUGAGGUCAAUCUUAUUAAAAUGAGGUAAUCUUAUUAAAAGGUCAAUCAUGUCUACUUAUCUGUUAAAAUUAACAAUAUAACUAUUAUGUGUGUAAAUGGAUUUAUUAUUAUUUGGGAGACUUUUUUUUUAGUAAACUAAUGCUCUAUACUCUAUACAUUAUACAGCAACAAAGUCAUCACCACAGCAGCACCUUGCUACAGCAAAAUCAGCUCCAGCUUCAGCAUCUCAAGAAUCCAUCCCAACAGCUGUGUGCUGCUACCACCGGACCCCAGGCACAAACACACCAGCAGCACGCUGUGCAUAGGAGAGCAGACGGUGAGCACAGUAGGUUUCUGCCGUUUCAGUUUUAUUGGUUGACGAUGUGGCUCUAGAUAUUUUACAACAAUGUCUUUUUCUGAUGAAUUAAGUAUUGUACCAAUUGUACCUGAAAGCACUGUAAAUUAAGUAUUGUACCAAUAUAACUCCAGUCAGGACUGUGAAUCUGUACCAGGCAGAAAUGUGAUUUAAGUACCACCAGUGUACCAGGAAGGUAUGUGGUGGUAACACGGUGUUUGAAUUAAAAUUAAACACAUUGUACCAAUAGAGGCAAGCGGCCAUGUUAAUAUCAUAAAAUGUGACUCAUCUCUCGCAGAUUUAACUGAGCAUGCAUUGAAUAAAACAGAUGACGCCCCUUCAACAAUGAUCAUCCCGCCCGAUUAUAUGUCGUGCACGACAGAGUCAACAAUAGUUCAAACCAGUGCAAACACAACCCCAGCACCCAUGUAUACCAAGCCUGGCGUCAUCGGCGGUCGGGAGAACGUGGUCAAAUCUGAACAAGUUCACAAUUGCAUUAUGGGAGAAAGUCAAGAGACCCUUCGGGGCUGCAAUCCUCCGCCGAUCUCAGGUGCUACCAAAACCACCCAACCACCGCAAGGUAGGGGGGGGGAAAGAGAAGAAAAUAUGAAACUUUUAUAACGAACUUCUGUAGUGGAGGUUGAAAUAAAAGAUAUUUUGUUUCUUCUUCUAGUCAUUUUCAAACAUGGAAAUUUUUUUAAAAUUUGCACAUAAAAGUAAUGAGUACAUUCUUUAAGAGCAUAGAUUCAAAUAUGAGUACGUUCUCUAAGAGCAUAGAUUCAAAUAUGAGUAUGUUCUCUAAGAGCAUAGAUUCAAAUUUCUUUCUAUUCUGGGUACUUCAUUUUGUGAGCUCAUAAUGUUUUCUUCUCAUUUCUUUUUGAUGGGGGACAAAGAACGAUCACUCAAAUGCUAUUUCAAAAAGUUUAUUUGGCUUUCAGCUAUCUCCCUUUGCUAAAUAAAUAAUCGCAGUCCAACACAAUUUAAAUAAAUAAUAGUUGUAAAAAUAAAGGAAAUGUUUAGCUUAGUCCUCUGUGAUAAAUAUAUUGUUUGUUAUUCUUCUCUGUGAUACAGAUGUCGUCUGGAUGAACAUAAAGACCCCCGAAGCAAGGAUGAGAGACAAAAUAGCCACCCAAAAUUUAAUUAAGAUAGUCACUAGGCCAGAUACUCAAGCCAAACUGGCCGACAAGUCCACCAAGAAGAAGGUAGUAAUAACAGAAUCAAAUUACAAUUUAAGAAUUUAUUUGAUUUUCAUAGUUUGUCAUUACAUCCAUACAUUACAAUACUGAAAGACUUAUUAUCGUAUUAAGUAUCUCAUUAUUCAUUUUAAAAACUAAAAUAUUAUUUAAACUUUACAAUGGACAAGACUUCAUCCUUACAUAACAUGCUUACAUAACAUGCUUACAUAAUUCCGUUGAUUCAAUUAUUUUCCCCAUCUAUAAAUCAUUUAGGUGGUUUGGCAGGAGAUUGGUGAAGAGAUGGGACGACUGGGAUUUAUAUUUGAGAACCCUGGUGACAAGUGCUCUCAGAAGUGGCGUAACAUCGAGCGAGGAUACAAAGAUUACGUGAUGAGAAGGUCAAUGCCUGACACAGGAACUAAAAGGGAACCGGAGUUAUACAACCUGCUGACCCAGGUGCUGAAGGGCAAACAUGUUUAUGAAAGUGUUCCCGCGUCCUCGGGGGAGGGUGAGGAAGACGGGCCGUCCAAUCAGGAUCUAAUAGACGAGUUUGUAGACAUGGCACCAUCUCCCCGAGAAGUUGGUGGCACUGAAUCUGUCACACCCAACGCCGGCGACUGUCAAGGUCAGAUCAGUCCCGUCACAAUGUCUGCAUCUCAGCUGACAGGUCCGGACAUCUGUAUACCAAAAGACACGGACCUAUCAGAUUCUCCAAGCUCGUCUAGGAAUGAACACUACGGUAGCUUUGCUCAGGUUCUAGCAGAGGUCAAAUUGCAGAGGUCACACAUGUCUAAAAUGGAGUCUGUGCUGCUCACCGUGCAACAGUUAUUGGAGGAACAGAAGCGGGACCGGGAAGCUAUGCACGUGGAGUCGAGGGAAAGAUUCGCCGAGCUCAAAGCUCUCAUUGAAAAUAACCAGAAAGAAAAAAUGAAAUUUAUGAAUGACUUUUUAAAGACUAUUCAGUUUGGAAAGGGAGGUAAGAGAAAGCGCAUUCAUGUAGACGGACUCGAUAACUGUUCAGACAAAUAAAUUGAAAUUAUUUUUUAAAA